AUGGGUCUUGCCGACUACUUAGCCCAGAACUAUCUAUCCGCCGACAAAUCAUCCAAAGGCAAAAAGCGCAAGAGAAAGAACGCCGAAGACGCAGGCCUGAUCAUCGCCGACGACCAUGUUAGCGGCUUAAGCAAAUCACGAAAUGGCGACGACGACGAUGAUAUUCCCAUGAUCGUACCGGGAGGCGCAAACAUCAGCAAACGAACAACGACUUGGAAGACCUUCGGUAAAGCCGCUCCUACGAACAACGAACAAGCUGCAGCAGAUGCUAUUCUGGCCGAUGCAGCUGCCGAGACACAAGCGCGCAAUGCAGAAGACGAAGAUGCACCUGCUGUAGUAGGGGAAGAUGAAGAUAUGGACUACUCGGGACCCACAAUGGCAUCAGGCGCCAUGGCAGGUUUGCAAACGGCGGAACAGGUCACCAAAGCCUUGAAGAGAAAAGAACGCGAAGAGAAGAAGGCGAUGCAAGAGAUGGGCUUGGAUCCUACUGGCAAAGCACAAGAGACCAUAUACCGUGAUGCAUCAGGUCGGAUCAUCAACGUCGCCAUGAAACGCGCCGAGCUGCGACGCCAGGCCGACGAGGAAGAGAAAAGGAAGGCCGAGGAAGCCGAGAACCGACGCGGUGAUGUACAAAAGAGGGAGAAGGAGGCCCGCAUGCGAGAAUUGGAGAAGGCAAAGACAAUGUCGCUCAGUCGUUAUGCAGACGACCGUGAGCUGAACGACGAGCAGAAGGAGCAAGAGCGGUGGAAUGACCCAGCAUUGGCUUUCCUCAGCAAAGGCACGACAAAAGGAUCCAAGGGCACAAAGAGCAGAAAGAAGACAUACACAGGUGCCUUUGAGCCCAAUCGCUAUGGCAUCAGACCUGGAUACCGAUGGGACGGCGUGGAUCGUAGCAUUGGCUUUGAAAAGAGAUGGUUCGAGGCACGCAACCAGAAGCAAAACAUCAAGGACUUGCAGUAUGCAUGGCAGAUGGACGAAUAG